CUCGACCACUCGAAGCGCUGCUGUUGUCGCGGACGGACGUCUGUAUAGCCCUCGUCGGCUCCCCCGCUGAGACAAGCGUGGAUUCAACUAAUAAUAACAAUGUGUUGUGCAUUAACGGUACAGUUUGACGCAAAUUAGUUUUAUCAGUGUUGUGUUGUGUUGUUCAUUGGAUUUUACCCAACCUCAAUCAAAGAUGGCGUAGAGAAACAGUCAGAGAUAUCCAUCACAAAUGCUAUUAAACAAUCUGAUGGAAGGGGAAUCUAUAAGCGCGAAGAAAUUGAUUUCAUCGAUCGAAAGGUUCAACAGCGAAAACAGAGAACACGGCACUAUCAAGGCUCUAAUCAAGAACUAUAUUCUACCAGAAACAGACAUGGCCGUCAAAGACAAACACGAUGACAGAGACAGAUGUGUGUACACAAUACCCAUACAAUCUUCAUUGUCACCGAAAAAUACAAGGCCUACGAUAAGUGACGCGCAACAAGCCUUUCUUAAUUCUACAGUUAAUACACCUUCGAGGAAUUUUGAUGUUGAACCCACAUUGCAUUAUGCACAAAUUGCAAUCACAACAGAUAGCGAAGAUACUAGAAGUACAGGUGGAGGGAAAAAUUUUGAACAGACAAAGUGUCACGUAAAAGAACAAGAUAAGCAAACUCCAAUUGGUUCACCACAUUACCCAAUUAAUGUAAAGAGAAGAAUAGAGCAGCAACAGAGAAAAGUAAGUUUCAAAAUUAAAAAUGGGUCAGCAGGCUAUAGACGGCCACCGUUAGGAACAAAAACUAUGACAAUAACUAGUAACAAAGUUUCUGAGUUAACCAAGAAAUUCAACGAUUUAAUGAAAGAACCAAAUACAGCACCUAAAACCCAAUCUAAGCUGGCAAAGACGAUUGAAGACUUACAAACAGCAUCCCGAUACUCUAUCAGCAACAGUUCAACUCCAUCUUCAACUUUGAGCUCUAGUCCUAAUAUAAAAAUUGUUGUUCGACACAGGAAAAGUUCUAAAAAACGAAAUAACAAGAAACGAUGUUCUAGUAUGGAUUCUAUUGACAAGUUACUUUUAAAAGAAGGCGCUUCGAGCAAUAUUAGGAUAUUAAGAUCUAAGUCUGAUGGCAACAAAAUCCCUAAAUCGCCAAAGAAGAGAUUAAAGUAUCAAGAUUCAAGUGAACAACAGAGCGGUUCUGACUCUGUUGACGGAACACCGACUAAACAAAAGGCUGACGAUCUAUCGAAAGACGAAAAGAAACCUCAAGAGCUUAAUGUAGUCAAGAAUGUCAUAAAGAAAUUUGAAUGUGAGAUUAAUGCACAAUCUAAUUUCAAUGGCACUAUUAAAAAACAAAAUAACCAAACAGAAAGCAAUACAAGUACAAUUCUACGAAAAGAAAAACCAAAAGUACCUGAAAAGAAAUCGUCUCUAGUUUUAACAAAAAAUCUUGUACUUAAAGAUGGUGUACCAAAAAUUAAAACAAUUAAAACAAAUUUAGGAGACAACGUUACAAAAAAAGAUAAUAACAUACCUAGUAUUGACAUAAACAAAAAGAAGGAACCCAUUUACGACAGGAAGAAGUUUAAAACUAAUUACAUACAUCCUGAGAAACUUACAUUGCAUCCUGUAGAAAUCAUUCAAGAAGACAUCAAUGAAUCCUCAGAACCUAAAACCAUUGCACACGACCAAACCGUAGCUAUUACAAAUAACACAUGUAUAGAAGAUGAAAAAGAUAUCAGUUCAAGUAUUACUCCUAACGAAUCUUUUCUCUGGCGACGAAAAGGUAGCACUCAGAUUUAUUCUGAUUGUGAUAAGACAUUUUCCGAAGGUCCUUAUGGUUUUGUUAGCAUAACUAUUAAUGAAAAUACUAUGUCAUAUGAACAUGAAAAUAAUACAUCAAAUGAAUCUCAAGGCAUUGAAAACAACGAAUCUCAUAUUGAAACUUUAACAGUUAAUGUCAAAAAUGAUUGUAACUCCGAUUUCGAAAGCAAUCUAGUCGAGGCUUAUAAUAAAGAAGUUCUUGUCGGCUUUACUUCCAAACCAAAAAAAGAGGAAGUAAUCGAAGAUGAUUAUGAAAUAUUAGAACCGAGAGACGCGGAUAAUGUGGUAAUAAUUCCCAUUAAAAGUAUAGAUAGAACUUCGAAAAUCAACUGCCCUUUACCUGAAAUACCAAAACAGGAAUGUCAGUUAUCACCAUCUGUAAAAACCAAAGAGGAAAAUAUAUAUCAAACACUUUUAGAAGCUAGAUCCCACCCCGAAGGAGACGAAAGUAGUUUACAUAAUUAUGAGCUUUGUUUCAAUCAGUUAGAAGAGAGAACUCGAGGCGACGGCGACAGUGACGACGGCUACGAGUACUGCAAAUCCCCAAUCAAACCAUACUGCGUCACUUCCAGUUCGGGCAUACAAAUAGCAGAGGACUAUCGACCUUACGGCCCGCAGGACAAUACGAAAAACUAUGCUAUUACGAAGUCAGUCAGCGGUACAUCCACUGAAAGCUACGAAAAGAUCGGCACUGCAAGGAUAUACGAAAAAAUUCCUCCUAAAGUUAAAUCAAACCAGAGCAGUCCAGACUACAGCAGCAGACAUUCAUUUGUGUCAUCAAACUACACGGGUUACAAUGAUGGUGAGAAUAUUUACGACACUAUCAAGCAGGCAGAUAGUACAUCAUUAUCACAUUGCUACGAAAGCAUUCCGAACAGUCCAAGCAUGGUAAAGCUAAGGAACAAUUUGAAGAAGCAGCUGGCUAGUGCGGUUCAGAAGCGUUUAUCCUUCGACAACGUGUCCAACAUAAGCCAGUCAACGUUGUCCAGCGAGCAGAAGACAAAUAGUAUUUACGGGCAGCGAUCUGUCCUGAGCUACAACGGGCAGGAGAUCGCCUUCCAAGUACCGAGCAGCACGACAAGCGUGAGUGACAGGAGCGAUCGUAGCGACGACUGGGUGGACGUGUCCGAUGAGGAAAAGACUGAUGAGCAGAAAAUUGUUAUCGUUCGCGAGAGAAGUCGCGGAAGAAAAAGUCCUAUCAGUUGGUCGCAGAAAGUUCGGCAUCAAUGGCAGAAAACUCCGAAGCAAAAAUCGAAUGACAAAGAUGGAGACAGCAGUGAUUCUGGUCAUUUCUAUGAAUCGUUGGAGCCAGCACCGCCUGUACCCGCGCACCCGACGCACAUGGGCCUCGUUGCCCACGACACGCACGUUGCCCACACUGCCCACACUGCACACGGAGACCACGCGAGUGCGUCACACAUGUUGCCGCUCGAGGAUGACUUCGAUUCCUUCGAUAGUGACACCGACUCUGAAGAUCAUGACCAGACGGGACCUACACGUACCGCUCCAGAAGUGCCGUCAAGCAGACUGCCUACGCCGCCCAACGGCGGCGGGCCCUACACCCUCACCAAGAUCGCCAACGCAGCGCAGAAGAAGAUGAGGCAAAUUAAACGAAAUCUCACUAAACGAUACACCGUGGCAAUGGACGGCAAACCAUUCACGAAGGCCUCACAACAAAACGGAACCUACGACUUGUCGAAACCUAAAAUGAGAUCACCGAUCUAUGCAAACUGCGAGAGACCCGAGCCACAACCUAAUUACACUAACAUCGCCUUUAACGACUCUAGAAACUUAAGUACUAAGAGCGACAAUACCAUAGCCAAGGUUGGCUUCAAAGAGGAGGGUAAGCCCGCAAAUGGUGAUAAAAGACAUAGUAACGGCGAUGUGGGGUCACCACAAGAGAAGCCCACUACACCUACCAACGAAACCAAAAAGGACACUGGAACUCUUUCACGAAAGACGUACUUCUCAUUCAAGUCACGGUUCAGACGAGCGUCAUCGAUGGCGGUGGACCUAAAUUCGGAAGUGCCCAGCGCCCUCAAGAUCACCAACUCCACGUUUUACUUGACGGACUCUAUGGACGGUGACUCUGGAUUCAGCAACUGCAGCGACAGUGGCGCCACCAACACGGACACGCUCUCAGCGUCAUCUCGGCGGCGUGACGAACUGAAGCGGCUGCUGCCCACUCUAUCUCGGAAGGACAAAGGGCCGCGUACGCGCACCUCGUGGUACGCCGAAUGCGAACCCGCGCAGCUCACAACCACACCAUCCUGGUACUCAGAGGCGGGCCUGUACCAGGGCAACGCGUCGUCGUCUUCGGGCGCGUCGUCAGGCUCUCACCCCGCCUCCCCAUUGCCGCAACCGCAUUCGCUCUUCACACACGAGCCCCUCUAUCAGUUCUAUAACGCGGCCAAAGUUGAGUCGGCGUGCCGUGAGAGCGGCGAUUCUGACUCGGACGGGUACGAGGCGAGUGCGGUGCGGGCGCGGCCUUCCGCCAUGGCGCUGGUGGCGCCGCGCGGGCCCGCACGCACUCUCUGGUGCGAGGUACCCGAGGUGCUCAACUCAGCCGUGCUCAGUUCACUAGCGCCAGCACAGAAGCGUCUACAAGAGGCCAAGUUUGAGGUGUUGACGUCGGAGGCGUCGUACCUGAACUCUCUGAACGUGCUGGAGGCGCACUUCAUCUCGCACCCCGCCUUCCGCGACCCGCACGUGUUGCCGCCGCACGACUGGGACACGCUUUUCUCUACCAUACUACCAGUGCGUAAGUGCUCGCAGCUGCUGAUGAUGGACCUAGAGAAGUGCUGGCAGGAGAACAUCCUGCUGCAGGAUAUCUGCGACAUCGUACGGAGGCACGCGGAGGCGCGCUUCCACGCCUACGUCAAAUAUUGCGAGAACCAGGUGCUGAUGGUGCGCGCGCUGCAACGACUGCGCGACCGCCCCGCCUUCGCUAACGCACUCAAAAGACUGGAGAGCCACCCGGCGUGCCAGAGUCUAUCGCUGCACUCGUUCCUGAUGCUGCCGAUGCAGCGCGUGACGCGGUUGCCGCUGCUGCUGGACGCGGUGCUGCGCAACUUGCAGCCCGCAGACCGCGAGUACGACGGCUGCAUGCACGCCCUCGCAACACUCAAUGACUUCGUGUCGCAGUGUAACGAGGGCGCGCGCAACACGGAGCGCGUGGAGGAGAUGUUCCGUCUGGCGGCCGCCAUAGAGUUCCCCUCGCACGCGCACACCGCGCCCCUGCUCGGCCCCGCCUGCUCGCGCAGAGACCGCAAACCCAUCCGAUGGCUGGUGCGGUCCGGCGAGAUGACGCAGCUGAUCUGGAAGGCGGACGAGUUGAAGCUCACGUUCGGCAAAAAGUUCCACAAGGUGCCGUUGCACCUCUUCCUCUUCAACGACCUCCUCGUCGUCACCAAGAAGAAGGGCGAGGAGUCGUACCUGGCGGUGGACUGGUGCACGCGCUCGCUGCUGGAGGUGUGCGAGGGCGCGGCCGCUCCCCCCUCCGCCAAGCACGCGCUGCUGCUCACGCUGCUAGAGAACAGGGAUGCCCGCACCGUAGAAAUGGUGAUGUCGUGUCCGAGCGAGACUGACCUGUCGCGCUGGAGCGAGGCGCUGGCCCCGCUGCAGGGCGGCGCGGGCGAGGCGGUGUACGCGGGCUGGGACUGCCCGCAGGUGGCCGCGCUCUACGCCUAUGCGCCCGCGCAGCCGGACGAGCUGCCGCUAGCCGAGGGCGACGUCGUCAACGUCACGCGCAAGACCAGCGAAGGUUGGUACUACGGCGAGCGAACGCGCGACGGCGAGGCGGGCUGGUUCCCCGGCUCGUACACGGUGGAGAUCGCGUCUGCGCAUGUGCGCGCGCGCAACCUGCGCCAGAGGUACCGCCUGCUCGCGCUCUCCGGUACAUACCUAGGACAUAGGAAGCGUGCGCCCUAGACUGAACCUGCACUCACUCUCUUUUCAUGAUUUACAAAUUCAAAUGAUAAAACAAAAUGCUACUUUAGAAAGAAAAAAUAUAAAAUACUGUGACAAAAUACAAGGGACCAAAAGUGACAAAGUAAAUAAAAUUACUUGUUUACAACUAAAAGAAUAAUAACAUUCCUUUCACUUCUGAAUGAUGCAUUUUCUUUUUAACUAUGAAGUUUUAUAAUAUAUCUGUAGCCAGUAGCCGUCCAAGCACUGCCUUAUUACUGCUUAGAAUUUAAGUAUGAAGUUAGCUUGUUCUGUAGCGUAACUGACAUGCACCGAACUGUCAAUAUUGGUGCUUAUUUAUUUAGUAAAAGACAUUAUUAAAAAUUAAUUAUUAAUUUGAUCAA